ACGAACUGGUUUACAACUGAUUUUAUUGUAACAAUUUUGGUUACUUUAUUUUCCAAAGUUUGAAUAUAAAACAUAAAAAAUACUCCCGUCGAAUCAGAAUACUUACAGACAAUUAAUUUUCAAGUCCGAAAUAACUGGAAAUCAAUAAAUACUUACGAUAGCCCAUAAAUAAUACAAUAAAAGCAUAAGGGUUAAAUUAAAUACAAAUAGAAAGCUAUUAGUUUGAAUGAACUUACAACCAAUUAUAGAAGAAUAAAAUAAAUAAAGUUACAGGAAUAAAAUUUCAGAUGUCUCAUCAAAGUUAAUUACUACCAAAACCCAAAAAGAAAGUAUCAAACGGACACCCAAUAAAAUUUCUCUUUGUACCGAAUUUAUUGUAUUAUUUGUUUGAUAUGGCACUAUUUUGUAACAAUAAAUAAAGAAAAAACCUAAAUAGUUAAAGAAUAAACCCAAAGAAGUUAACCUACAAAAACAGAUCAAGUAUUUUUUGAUACCAAUCAAAUAUCAAAAAUAAAUCCUGUGUCCACUACUAGAAUAUUGGUUUUAUUUAUUUUUUAUAAGUUUGCAGCCUGAGAUUUUUAAAAAGAAUUAGUAUCACAGCAAAGAAUUUAUUGUAACUUUAGUCUGAUCAAACUUAUAAAAUAAAUAUGUAUAAUCUUUAGGACAUUUUUUAGAAAAUGAUGAUAGGUAAUUUUUCUAUCCGAGUAGGAAGGUUCUUGAAAUUGAAAAUUUCUUAAUCACAUAAUGUUAAUGCGGAUAUUAUGUUUACUAAGUUAAAUUCUACACUAGUAAGCUAUGAUCAUCAAAAUAUCGACCAUCAAUAAGUGAGUGUCAAUAUUAUAAAAUGCUACCUUAAGAGUAAAACAUUAAUAAUUAGCUUAUUUAAGGGUUUUGGGAAAAUAAAUAAAUAAAAAAAAUCGUUCGUUUCGUUUAGAAGCCGUUUUAGGUGAAACUUUUCUAAAAAAUCUAAAUUUACAAUGCGUUAUUUUUCAAAAGAAAACAAGACACUUUGGUAAGAAGAGAAGUUGCACUAAACACUUUGAACGUAUUUAAACAAACAUUGAGGUAAUUCAAACACAGCCAUACAAAAAAUUUAAAUUAGGUAGGUCCAAAGAAAAUAACGCAUUGAAAUGUCUGAAAGGUUUUUCUUUCUGUAAUGGAGACUCAAUCAAGCACAAUGGUCAUAUUUUCUUCAAACUUAUUGACUUUUUCAACAAAAAAAAUUGUUGCUCUCUUUUUCAAUACAUAUAUUAUGUCAACAAGCCCUAACUUGACUUAGAUUGUAAUGCAUAGAAGUUAGGAUGUUUAGGAAAGAGGAUUGAUAAAAAUCAAUGAAAACCCAUUAAAUUAAUUCAAGAGUUUUGUGAAUUUACUACUAAAAAAAAUAUUAGAAAUAUGCGCGACUUUGCACUAAACCUCCAUAAGUAAAAAGAAUGGUCUUUGAAUUUUCAGAUUUAACGACUUAAAGGCACAAAUACUCUCGCUUAUAGUUAUAAUACGCUUAAUCAACAUUUUUUUUUUGUAUUUUUAUCUUUUUUUUUUAUCUAAUAAAUAAGGUUACUGGCUAUUCAUAUGAGUAACUAUUCCUAAUUAAUUCAGAUUCAAUUUUAUUACAAAAUGCCCCACACUAAUACUUUAUGUAUAAUAACACAUACAGACGCAAAUUAGGCUGGAUUUAUAACCACUAGUUUACUGUUAGUGAGUUCAACCAUGGCUUGCUUGCCAAUUUUCAGCCUAAAUUUUACUAUUGGGACCAUCAUAGAUUAAAUUUUGAAUGAUACCUGUUUGAUAUGAACUAUGAACCGUAUUACUGAAAAUUAUGUAACUAAACCCUCAACUUUUCGCCCAAAAGAAACUUAGUAUGUAGUAUUAUGAAAGUCUGACAUAGUGAGCUUUUGAAAAUUGAAAAUAAUGAUUAAUUUUGAUAUAUACCAAUGACAUAUACCCACUGAUCUCAAAAAUAAAUGAAUAAACAAUCGUACGGCUUGACUGGCUAAACUUGUGCGAAAAUUUGGGGUCAAUAUUCUACGAACAGUUGUGCAACGGAACAGACUAACGCCUGCGCAAUGUCUUAUCUUUCGAACAACUGUUCUAAAUUUUGAAAUAUCCUUCAUUUUCAUUGACAAUAUUUUGCGCACCCACUGUACAGGGUGGUCAUUUUAUCUUGAUUACAUUUUAAACUGUCAUAAUUUCUGUACAUGUAUCUACUGCGCACACUCACAGCUGUCCCAGUUGUUUACAUUAGCACUUCGUAAAUUAGCAGCAUUCGAAGCAUUCUUUGUUUAUCCAUUUAUUUUUGAGAACAGUGCAUAUACCUGCCUAUAGGUUGAAUUUUUAUUCGUUAGGUUUUCAACAUCAAUUAUUACUAUUAAAUCAACCCCAACUGACAAAAUUGACUUGAAGGGAAAACUUGACUUUAUAGAUUCUUGCCCAUUGAUGAGAAUCCAAUUGAUCUAUGUACAUGUGUGGGGCUCAACGAGAUUAUUCUUGAAAUCUCCAAAAAAUAUCAUAGAAUAAAUACAGUGCAAAACAGAAACAGAUGCUGUGCCACAAGAAAUUUUGGGAACAAUGCUCUCUUCCAAUAAAUCAAAAUUGAAAAAAGCCUACUAUUGCUUACUAAGUUAGAAAAAUAGAAAAUUUUCACUGCCUGAGGUCCGAUUUUUCGAUUUAAAUAGCAUUAUUCCCAAAUCUAAAUGGCAGUAUUAGUUCAAGAUAAUAUUUUUAUAUCUAAAUGCCUUGCUAAAAACUAGCCAAUUUGCCAAAUAAUGUACUACCUUCUCAAAUUAAUAUCUUUCGUUUGACAAAAAGUUAACAUUCUAAGAAUAUUUCCAUCAUUUCAAAUACUAAAAAAAAUUGAUAUCCUGCAUUUAAAAUCCUUUUAUUGAAUAUAUCGGGUCUACAAAAAAAAAACAAUCUAAGAUUGUUAUGGUUUUUUAAACGUAUGUCUUAGCAAUAUUUUUAUUUAAUUUUGUCAAUUAACUUUAAUGUCAAAAUGACUUGUCAAAAAUACUGUCCAAUAAAUAAACAGUAAUGCGACGUACGUUUUCGUAACCAAAGCAAUCUUCGAUUGGUUUUUUUUUUGAAGACCCGAUAUUUUGCUAUCACAGAUUUGGCUAAUUUUUAGACUGAUUGUUGAGGCCAAAUAAUUAAUAAAACAAAUUAUUAGAGAGCAAUAUUACAUCACUAACUUAUACUAGACAGACAUAACGAAAUAAAAGCUGCACAUUUUCGAACACGUUCUUUGUGGAUGGAGAAUAUAUCUCAGUUUAAAAUAUUGUGUUAGAUCGAAAAACACUAUAAUCCUUACGUAGGACGUCAACUUAGCAGAAGGCGCCCCUGAAGAAGCAUUCGGCUACCUUGCAAGAGGUAGCAUCGAAACCCAAUAUGUCCAGCACGUUUGUGGGCAAGUCAACCCAGAGAGGUUAGGUCGGUUGGAUAUAAAAACAAUGCCAGGUUGUGCUGCCGUACAUUGCAACAAUUCUGCAAAAAAGGGAUUCUUAAUGAAACGCUUUCCACGGGAUCCGGAAAGAAGGAAACAAUGGCUUGUAAACACGAAAAGGGGGAAUUGGACUCCUACGGAUUACUCAUUUUUAUGUGAGAUUCAUUUCGAUCCGGAAAUGUGGGAGAAAACUCGAGAGGAUGGCUCUCGGAAGCUGAAGGUCAAUGCAGUACCUACUCUAUUUUCUUUCUCACUGCCAAAAAAUCCAAGAAAGCCUCCAGCUAGUCCAGCUGUAAAAAAGCUUUUAUUACCAAGAAAAGUUAAAUCUUCACCUGGUAAAGCCAUGGCGGCAGUAGAAAGAAUGAUAGUUGCUGACAUUGAAGUAAAUUUUGGUGGCGAUCAUAAUACGACAGAUUCAGUCCUGCCUAUCAGCCAACCGUCCAGUUCGCAGAAUAAUCAACAACAAGCAAAAUCAACUAAUGAUCCUCUUGUCACUGCUAACAUUGAAGUAAAUUUUGGUGGCGAUCAUAAUACGUCAGAUUCAGUCCUCCCUAUCAUUCAACCGUCUACUUCGCAGAAUAAUCAACAACAAGCAACAUCAAUUAAUGAUCCUGUUGUCAUUAAAUCAUUGAGCUCACAGUCCACUACUUCGAGUGAGGAAAAUGGAUUUAACCAAAGAAUAUUAUAGACUAACGUCUCUAGAAGAGCCGUCCGGCGGCGAAAAUAUAAACCCGCGUGAUGGCGCUGGUGUCCUAGUAAAAUCAGUCGUUUCUGCGAUUAAAUUAAUUUGAAGCACUAAAUGCACGCGUAUUUGCUAGGCUGCGUUGCCAAGAUGUCUUUUGUAUAACAAAUUAAAUGCCUGUGUUUUAUAUAGGUACUUUUUAUACAUAUACCUACCAUAGAAUAAGAAUAUUAUUAUAAUUAAAAACAAAAUAAUAAAUAGGUAAAUAGUUAUGUACUUUCGUGGGUAGUAAUUUUCUAUUACUAAUAAAUAGAGGUGUAAAACAUAAAAAUUGUUUCUGUCUGUGUGUCUACCUAUGUCCGUUAUAGACUUUGAAACUAUCCGACCGAUGUACUUCAAAC